AUGGUGGAAUUUGAUAUACAUUUGUCUGCAGAUGGUGUUCCUGUACUGAUUCAUGAUGAGUCAACGGGUCGAACCUCUAAAGAAGACGUCGUUAUCAGGGAAAAAACCCUGAAGGAGAUUAAGGAAAUCCCGUUAAAGAUGGUGAGUGGAAUAAAAAGUGUUAUUCCGACGCUUGACGAAGCUGUGGACUGGUGUGUACAGAACAAUAUGAAGAUGAUAUUUGAUAUCAAAGAUGCUGAUUCAAAGAUGGUGAAAUCACUCGUGGAGAUUAUCAAGUCGAAGAAUUUGUAUUCCAAAGCAAUAAUUUCAAGCUACAAUCCGUGUGUAGCGUUUACGGUCAAACGAGUUGACAGAAAUAUUUUAACAGGGUUUACUAGUCGAGCUGGCUACAUGACCUAUGAGGAUGAGGACAGAAGAAUUCCACGGAACGGUGCACCACGAAUGUGGACGAAUUUCAUUCUCGAUGACAUGAUUGAUCUAGGAAUCCGUACAUUUAUUCUACCAACAUUUCUGGGUGUCGACAUGCUUCUUCUUCAUCACAAAUGUAUAGACAGGACCAAUAUUGGGGCUGGCAUUCCCUUGGAGGCGUACAUUCCUGCAGCUUUGGGUCUUCUACUCCUGUCGGGACUCGUUUCUGCAGCUAAAACGCCAUGA